AAUUAUAAUUCUAUUUCGGAAACUUAUCCUCUCAACUACAAAAUAAUACAAACUCGAAAGAAAAAUAAUCAUCACCAUAUGGUUAAUGGUUGUCAGUGGUAUCCUGUUGACACUUCUAUUUUUGUUACUACAGGAAUGGAUAAUUUGUUGAAGGUUUGUGUUUUUUUUGUUGUUUUUAAGCGUUUAUGGGCUCCUGUUUCCUUUCAUUUAUUAAAUAUUUUAUUACAAGGGACCCUUCCGAACUUAAAAUAUAUACAUUUUUGGAAUCAUUGGACAGAGGAUUUCUUGCUAUGGAGUCAUUUUCGGAUAGUUAUAGGGCUUCAAAAUUUCAGUAAAAAUGGCCGUAGAGUCACCAACUCUAUUCUUCUUAUUUUUAAUUGAAGGCCUUAUCCCACCAAGUAGAGUUAAUGAAAAAGGAGCCGAUUGGUCACAUUCCUCAAAAUCUUCGUGCAAAAGAACAAAGAAUUUAUAGUGUUCGUUGGCUUUCUCCAUCAAAAUAUAUUUUGGCAACUGGAAGUGAUUUAGGAAAGAUUGCUCUUUGGGAUAUUAGAAGUGGAAAGGCAAAAUUGAGAGAAGUCUCAUCUCCUUUUUUGAGUCAACCUUCUCAACCAAAACGACGGAAACUGGCACAUGCUGAUAGAAUUACUUGUUUGCGUGCUUCUACUGACGGUCGUUUUUUAAUUUCAAUGUCACAUGAUCAAAAGCUUUGUCUUUGGAACUCAAAUUUGAAACUUUUAUCUUGGAUGAAGUUAACAGAUUUUGACGAUUUGCCUUCUCAAGAUGCUCUUCCAGCAAAUUUUGAAAUUAGUGAUGAGGGGCAUAAACUUUGGGCUUUUAUUCCCUUUGCAAAUGAUCUUUUGUUAAUUAAUGUUUAUCCUUCACAGAAUUCUAGUAAACUUAUUCCAUUAAAAUCUGACCAUGUUCUUCGACUUCAUGGACAUUUUCAAAGAGUAAUUUCUUGUUCAUAUCGUUAUAAUUAUCAACAGGUUUUUUUCACUUUUUUGUUGAUCUACGAGAGAAGAGACUAG